UGUUGUUCCUGAGUUUUAAGUUUUUAAGUUUUAAAAUGGUUGAAAAAUAGGAAAACAGGCUCCCACACAGUCUUUCAAAAUAUCUAAACCUUCUUUAAAUUUCAAAAUUGUACUACUAACAUUAUUUCAAUAUAGACUUGCUUAUACUCUUGAAACAUUUUGUAGUUAGACCAUUUAGGAUAGCUUACUUGGUCUGACCAGCAGCCAAAAAAGUUAUUAAAAACAAUUUUAAACAGAGGUCAAAUUAAGAAAUAAUAUGAACCUGUAACCUGUUUGGUCAUUUUCCUUGACAUAUUGUAUGAUUAAAUGACUUUACAUGUCGAGUUCAGCUUUAAUUCACAAUCAGAAAAGUAUGAACAAGAUACUCUAUAUUUGUAAUAUACACAAUUGUGCUCUUUAUUUGUGUAUAAGUCGGUGUGUGUAUAAAUCCAUCAGUCUGCCCGCGUACAUAUUAACAUGCAUACUCCCAGAUUAAAUGCAGCACUGUAUAAUUUACAAGGCAUGGUGUCCUCUCUUUCUUGACACUCAGUGCCAGUUAAUGCCUAAUCCUAAACCUGAAAAAGACAAACAAACAUGCUUGGUCAGUGUCCAUCACCAAGCAACCAGGUACAUCUGUUAUCCAGUGGAAGCAAAACACAAAGCAAUCUGGGUAACAACACUCAUCUAUAGACCCUCCGUGGAGAUACUCUUCACUUAAGGUUGUCUCACUAAACGCUCCAUGGCUGUACCCUGACACUAUCAUCUGUUCAGCCUCCUUCCUCCAACCCCCCCAUCCAGCUCCUCUCCCCUCCUCCUCAACCUGUGGCCUAUUUAUACCCUGGAGAGUCAAAAGAGCCCAUUAAAGCUCUGCAGACCUCUUCAGAGACAACUGUGAGCAUGAAUCCAAUGACACAUGAUCUAUCUGAUCUCCAGCCUCAUCGCCUUUUUUUAUUUUGAAUGCUACAAAUAAGGAAAACCGAAAGUGCGACCACUGGAAAUUCUUGAAGUGCAACAAGACUACAACUGGUUUCAGACUAAGAUGACAAACUGCCCCUGAUAUUCCAUUGUGGCAAGGACUGGUUGCAGCUGCAGCACAUUUGAGAAUUUUGGAUGCAGAAUGUGCUUGGGUCUGCAGACUUGAGAUUCUGCCCUGUUUAGCUGAAAUACAAGAAAACACACAUUCACAACAUUUGUUUAUUGACUCAGUUGUGUCAUUAGCUAUGAGAUUUGGGCCAGGACACAGAAAGGAUUUACCUUCUUAAUGGCUCACAUAUCUGAAGUCAUGCACCACUCCCAGCCAUGAGCUAAGCCCACUCCACCCUGGGUGUCCCUUGCAGAAUGACUGCUGUCUGCCCCUCUGAGAGCAGCCCAGAAGGGACUGAAGCUGGGGCCAGGACAGCAGGCUCCAGGGGGUCGGGGGCAGCAGGCACUGCUGGGAACACCUGCGUUUCUGGGGCCGAGACUGGGGAGUCUAAUGGAGACUCUGUCGGAGGCUCCAUUGGAGGCACAGUUGUGGUUACUGGUGGCCAAAGGUACACCCGCUGGAGCCGCCAAGAAAGCUCCGACGUCAACACAGACGAUGAGGGAGCCACCGUCCGCCGCCUCACUCCACUGGAAAGGCUGAACCUGGAUAUGUGCCAGGAUGAAAGGGUCGUCCGUGAACUAACAAUGGGAAGAAGAAUCGGCUUCUACAAAAUUCGAGGAGAGAUCGGCUGUGGAAAUUUCUCCCAUGUCAAACUAGGAAUUCAUGCCCUCACCAAAGACAAGGUGGCCAUAAAGAUCCUAGACAAAACCAAGCUGGAUCAGAAGACCCAGAGGUUGCUGUCCAGAGAGAUCUCUAGCAUGGAGAAACUACACCAUCCCAACAUCAUACGCCUCUAUGAGGUGGUGGAGACAUUGUCACGGUUACACUUGGUGAUGGAGUAUGCAGGGGGAGGGGAGCUCUACACCAAAAUUACUACGGAAGGGAAACUUUCUGACACUGAUAGCAAGAUUGUCUUCUCUCAGAUCCUCUCUGCUGUUAAACACAUGCAUGAAAACAACAUCAUCCACCGUGACCUGAAAGCAGAGAAUGUUUUCUACACCAGCAGCUCUUGUGUCAAGGUGGGGGACUUCGGCUUUAGCACGCUGAGCCGCCGCGAUGAGACACUCAACACGUUCUGCGGCUCUCCGCCUUACGCUGCGCCUGAGCUCUUUCGAGAUGAACAUUAUGUUGGCAUCUUUGUAGACGUCUGGGCCCUUGGUGUGAUGCUGUUCUUUAUGGUGACAGGCACCAUGCCAUUCAGGGCAGACACGGUGGCCAAACUCAAGCGAUGCAUCCUGGAGGGGGCCUACAUCCUGCCCUCCUGGGUGCCAGAUGCAUGUCAGAGGCUGAUCAGGGGAAUCCUCCAACCCAUGCCAUCUGACCGCUGCACAGUGGAGCAGAUGAUGGGCUGUGAGUGGCUGCUCCCUGUGGACUUCCCACGGGCCAUGGAGCCCUUUAAAUUAGACCCUUCCUACCUUGCAGAGAGUGAUCCAUCUGAACUCGAGGGGGAAGAGAUGGAGGUAAAGGCAGCACUGGAGACACUAGGAAUCACCUCAGAACACAUCCUCAACAACCAGGGGAAAGACUGCAGGAGCUCCAUCACUGGGAUCUAUAGGAUCCUGCUACACCGGGCUCACAAGAGACGGGCUGUUCAGAGUAUGCCUGUGGUCACACAGGUAGUCGGAAAAACUAAAACAAGUAAAAAGGAACGGCUAAAAGUGUACCGUAGUUUACGGCACACAUCUAAACUCUGUGUGAUUCUGUGACAAAAUGCUCUGCUUCACUCUGGAAAUUGAUUGACUUUAUAGUCUUGGAUGAUAUUGCAUGGAUUUCAUUAGAAAAAAAGUGCUUUUCAGUCCAGCAUUAUAAAUUGAAAUCAUGGUAUAUAACCCCACAUAGCUCCUGAAAUCUGGGAUUUCUUACUUCAGUAUCUUUCUUCUAGUAAGUAAAAUUAGUCUCUGUGAGAAGGAAAUGUUACAAAAUAUAAUUUAAGUCAGCAUAAUAAUUAUUAGAUGGCAUACAUAACUUUUAUUUAGGUCAUGUAGGCCAGAUAUUUGUAGACCACUCCCAUGUUAUGUAUAGUUUUGCUGUACCACCAACAAACCCUGUCAGAAAUCAAUGUAGCAAAAAUCUUAAGGAAUAGAGUGAGAAAUCCACAUUAUGCUGAAGGGAUGAAGGUUUUUUUUUAAUGUUUAAUUGCACUUUUCUCCGAGGCCUUAGUUUUCUAUAAUGUUUAGUAAUCAGAUAGACUGUUUUCAUUAUUGUCCUUAUGUUUUCAAUGAUAUGAAUAGAGUUUUCACAUCUUCCUCUGUGGCAUGAGAAAGCCAAUAACCCACAUUGAGCUGUGGUUUCCAACUUACCAAACACCAAAGUAAUUAGUAGGUCAGACCAGUUGGUGGCAAAAUUGAUUUUCAAUUUUUUUACCCAGACAAUUACAGUUCGAAUUUCAGUUAUUAGGUUUUUUUAUCAUCUGAUGCCAUUUUCAUGCUAAUGUGUUGAUUAAAAUAAAUGUAAAAUUUGAAUGCA